GCAGCGGCGCAUGCGCGCUGAGGGAAGGUGACGGUGCUGUUUUGAGGGGGAGAUCUCGCGCGGCUGUUGCUUCCUUUCAUUCUCGGCUCCGGUCUGUGGUUUUUGUCGUCGUCUCGCCGCUGUCAUGAGUUACGACCGGGCGAUCACCGUUUUCUCCCCGGACGGGCACCUGUUUCAGGUUGAAUAUGCCCAGGAGGCCGUGAAGAAAGGCUCCACCGCGGUUGGAGUACGAGGAAAAGAUAUUGUAGUUCUUGGUGUGGAGAAAAAAUCUGUGGCGAAACUGCAAGAUGAGAGAACUGUCCGAAAGAUCUGUGCUCUUGAUGACAACGUCUGCAUGGCCUUUGCAGGUCUCACAGCAGAUGCCCGGAUAGUUAUAAAUAGAGCCCGAGUGGAAUGCCAAAGCCAUAGACUUACAGUGGAAGAUCCUGUCACUGUGGAAUAUAUUACACGUUAUAUUGCUAGCCUGAAGCAGCGAUACACCCAGAGUAAUGGCCGCAGACCUUUUGGUAUUUCUGCCCUUAUUGUAGGGUUUGACUUUGAUGGAACUCCGAGGCUAUAUCAGACUGACCCGUCUGGCACUUACCAUGCUUGGAAGGCUAACGCAAUUGGCAGAGGAGCAAAAUCCGUGCGGGAAUUUCUGGAGAAAAACUAUACUGAUGAAGCCAUUGAAACUGAUGAUCUGACAAUUAAACUUGUUAUCAAAGCCCUUCUUGAAGUUGUACAGUCUGGUGGAAAAAAUAUUGAGCUGGCUGUUAUGAGAAGAAACCAACCUCUCAAGAUACUGAGCCCUGAUGAAAUUGAAAAAUACGUUGCCGAAAUUGAAAAAGAGAAAGAAGAGAAUGAGAAGAAGAAACAGAAGAAAACUACAACAUGAUGAAUUUCUUUAGUUUUGGUUUUUAAAUAAAUCAUGAGUCUGUAUAGAUAUGUAAGCAUUCUAUUUCCUUGUUCUCUGCCCCUUUUAAGAGGUCUACAAUAAACCACCUGUUUUUUUAAGCUUGUUACUAGAAGAGGCUCCAUUCUUAUAUGUAUGUUUAUAUAUAUAAGCCAGACUGCAAUAAUACCUGUUUUUCUAAACAAAAAUAGAAAAUGUUUUCAUAACUUGUUGAGGAAUGCACAAUUUGACAUAGAAGAUACCUUUUAUUACUAUUAUUCUAUUACUGUUUAUCACCACUGCUGCAUUGCUCAUGUUUAUGUUCCAAUUUGUUAAAAUUCAUUAGGGUAAUGAUUGACGAAGCCUAAAAUUGCUGAAACAUCACUCCAACAUAAUGUGGAAAUGGUUCAUACUUAAGUCUAGCACUUAAAUAUGAAAGAUAAAAUGUAAACGUGAUCUCUGUUGAAUGUUUGACAGUAGAUCUAUGUGUGAAAUAAUUUCUAACUGCAUGGCGGUAAAAUUCAACAAAAUCAUUUUGGCAGGUAGUCAUAGAAAUUCUCAUACAGAUUCAGGAUGGGACCAUGGUUGUAAUGUCGCCCUGAAAUUAUGAAAAUGUUGCCAUAAUCUUGCUUUUUCAAAAAAUAUAUUGGUGUUGAGCACUUUUCUUACAAGCUAA